AUGCGCUUCGCACCUGUCCCCUGCGCGGUGGGGUUGCUGUGCUGUGUUCUGGUGCUGGGCUCGGUACCAUUGGGGACCUCGUUCCCCGUCCAGGACGAGGGGAAACCGGGCAUAACGUUUCUGGAAGAGGUCGGGCGUCUCCGGGUCGGGUUCAACUGGCGGAACCUGACCUGCCCGGUGUGUAAAGUCCUCUUCACCAUACUAGACAUCGCUCUGUUGGUAAGAAGUUAACAAAUGGCACGCUAUUCCCUAUAUAGUGCAGUACUUUUGAUCAGAGCCAAAUGGGCCCUGGCAGACUAUUCUCUCAGGGCAGCCUGAGGGCUCUUCAACUAACAACCUGUGCUAACGGGGGUUAGUACACCGUAAAAGCCUGGACCGCUUGGCACAUGUACAGUGAGGGGAAAAAAGUAUUUGAUCCCCUGCUGAUUUUGUACGUUUGCCCACUGACAAAGAAAUGAUCAGUCUAUAAUUUUAAUGGUAGGUUUAUUUGAACAGUGAGAGACAGAAUAACAACAAAAAUAUCCAGAAAAACGCAUGUCAAAAAUUGUAUAAAUUGAUUUGCAUUACAUUCACCGCAUCAAAGGGACGCUGGACAGGGGGUUUCAAAGCUUACCCUACGAGGUCCGGACAACUGCUGGUUUUCUGUUCUACCUGAAUUUGAGGGCUGUAGUGUGUUCAAACAAAGAAGACUGACAGGGAAGUUGUCUUCAUAAAACCAUGACUCCGUUUUGAGACGACAUGUUUCAGAAGUCACAAAGGUCUUUGCAAUUACAGCUGAUCAUGUGAGUUGGUACAGCUGAUCAUGUGAGUUGGUACAGCUGAUCAUGUCAGUGCAGCACCUAACCUUGACCUGGUUCAGUAAACCGCACCGCUCAUCUGUGUGACUUGAGUUGUCAUAGCUGUAUCAAACUAGCAAUGCCAAUGGGCACGCAAUAGACAGGUUGUUUGCCCACUGUGGUCCUCUGUAGCUCAGCUGGUAGAGCACGGCGCUUGUAACGCCAAGGUAGUGGGUUCGAUCCCCGGGACCACCCAUACACAAGAAAAAUGUAUGCACGCAUGACUGUAAGUCGCUUUGGAUAAAAGCGUCUGCUAAAUGGCAUAUUAUUAUUAUAUUAUAUUAUUGUUUAGCAACAGAACCGAUACGGGUGCUACUCUGUGGUAAAACAGACAGGGUUGGUUUAGACUGAUGACAUGUAAACUAUACUUCAUCUCCAUGUUUAUUGAAAACGUAAAUACAUUUUGCACAAUGAGGGCUUGACGUUUUCAAGUAAAUCCUUAGCUAGCUAGAGAAUUUUAUCCAUAUUAGCAAUGACAUGAAAUCAGUCAAAACAAGACAUGGUGUCAAGAACGAGCUCAAACGAGCCACGUACGAUCCCCCACAUGGCAGCGUCUUGUAAUUGUUUCCAGCUAUCUGACCAUUCAAAAAUCAUAACCCACACCUUCCGGCUACAUCAAUGCGCGUGCGUUAUUCCCGUGACGUUGUCAGACAACCUGUGUUUGAGUCCCAAAUAGCACCCUAUUUCCUUUUUAUAGGGCAUUGCAUUUGACCAGGACCCAUACAGAAUAGGGUACCGUUUGGGACAGAGACAUAGAUGUUCCAUAAUACUUCAUCCCAGUAGCAAGCGCUCCAGGCCUAUUAAUCUCUUUCAAUGUAUUAUUUAUUUAACCUUUAUUUAACUAGGCAAGUAAAGUUAAGAACACUCUUAUUUACAAUCACGGCCUACACCGGCCAAACUAAAGGUAGUUGAAAUGACGAGCAACCAGAAUCACAUAUAAAUAUAUAUAUUUUUUUACAUUUCUUUUAAAUUUUUAGUCAUUUUACAACUUGCAGCUUUUGUUAACCAGGGUAUAAGUCGAUCUCUUGUCUAAAGACAAACUGAAAGUGACAAUAUUAGAGGCCUGACUGGAAGACGGCUCUGUGGUUAGGCCUGGUGCUGAGUGAACGUCACUGGACUGGAAGACGGCUCUGUGGUUAGGCCUGGUGCUGAGUGAACGUCACUGGACUGGAAGACGGCUCUGUGGUUAGGCCUGGUGCUGAGUGAACGUCACUGGACUGGAAGACGGCUCUGUGGUUAGGCCUGGUGCUGAGUGAACGUCACUGGACUGGAAGACGGCUCUGUGGUUAGGCCUGGUGCUGAGUGAACGUCACUGGACUGGAAGACGGCUCUGUGGUUAGGCCUGGUGCUGAGUGAACGUCACUGGACUGGAAGACGGCUCUGUGGUUAGGCCUGGUGCUGAGUGAACGUCACUGGACUGGAAGACGGCUCUGUGGUUAGGCCUGGUGCUGAGUGAACGUCACUGGACUGGAAGACGGCUCUGUGGUUAGGCCUGGUGCUGAGUGAACGUCACUGGACUGGAAGACGGCUCUGUGGUUAGGCCUGGUGCUGAGUGAACGUCACUGGACUGGAAGACGGCUCUGUGGUUAGGCCUGGUGCUGAGUGAACGUCACUGGACUGGAAGACGGCUCUGUGGUUAGGCCUGGUGCUGAGUGAACGUCACUGGACUGGAAGACGGCUCUGUGGUUAGGCCUGGUGCUGAGUGAACGUCACUGGACUGGAAGACGGCUCUGUGGUUAGGCCUGGUGCUGAGUGAACGUCACUGGACUGGAAGACGGCUCUGUGGUUAGGCCUGGUGCUGAGUGAACGUCACUGGACUGGAAGACGGCUCUGUGGUUAGGCCUGGUGCUGAGUGAACGUCACUGGACUGGAAGACGGCUCUGUGGUUAGGCCUGGUGCUGAGUGAACGUCACUGGACUGGAAGACGGCUCUGUGGUUAGGCCUGGUGCUGAGUGAACGUCACUGGACUGGAAGACGGCUCUGUGGUUAGGCCUGGUGCUGAGUGAACGUCACUGGACUGGAAGACGGCUCUGUGGUUAGGCCUGGUGCUGAGUGAACGUCACUGGACUGGAAGACGGCUCUGUGGUUAGGCCUGGUGCUGAGUGAACGUCACUGGACUGGAAGACGGCUCUGUGGUUAGGCCUGGUGCUGAGUGAACGUCACUGGACUGGAAGACGGCUCUGUGGUUAGGCCUGGUGCUGAGUGAACGUCACUGGACUGGAAGACGGCUCUGUGGUUAGGCCUGGUGCUGAGUGAACGUCACUGGACUGGAAGACGGCUCUGUGGUUAGGCCUGGUGCUGAGUGAACGUCACUGGACUGGAAGACGGCUCUGUGGUUAGGCCUGGUGCUGAGUGAACGUCACUGGACUGGAAGACGGCUCUGUGGUUAGGCCUGGUGCUGAGUGAACGUCACUGGACUGGAAGACGGCUCUGUGGUUAGGCCUGGUGCUGAGUGAACGUCACUGGACUGGAAGACGGCUCUGUGGUUAGGCCUGGUGCUGAGUGAACGUCACUGGACUGGAAGACGGCUCUGUGGUUAGGCCUGGUGCUGAGUGAACGUCACUGGACUGGAAGACGGCUCUGUGGUUAGGCCUGGUGCUGAGUGAACGUCACUGGACUGGAAGACGGCUCUGUGGUUAGGCCUGGUGCUGAGUGAACGUCACUGGACUGGAAGACGGCUCUGUGGUUAGGCCUGGUGCUGAGUGAACGUCACUGGACUGGAAGACGGCUCUGUGGUUAGGCCUGGUGCUGAGUGAACGUCACUGAUGGAAGACGGAGACUGAAAAAUUGGGCUGAAGCAUGAUAUUGAGAUCUGACGAUCACAACCAAAAAUGGUGGAUUUAACCAAAAAUGGUGGAUUUAAGUGAUGAUGUCCCACUCAGACCGUUGUAACAGUUCCGGUCUGCUUAGACACCAAUGUGAUGGCAGCUGGGUCUUGUCUGCUUAGACACCAAUGUGAUGGCAGCUGGGUCUUGUCUGCUUAGACACCAAUGUGAUGGCAGCUGGGUCUUGUCUGCUUAGACACCAAUGUGAUGGCAGCUGGGUCUUGUCUGCUUAGACACCAAUGUGAUGGCAGCUGGGUCUUGUCUGCUUAGUUCAUUGACUGUAGAUGAACCAGGGGAAAAAAAGGAGCCAAUGAAAUGUCUCGCUUUUCUCUAUAGUCUGUCAACCUGGUUAGAAGAUUCACCAAAUCAAGAGGGAAUAAGCAGGGAAUCUGGAAUCCUCCCAUCAGGGUUUUGUGAUUUUUGCAACCCUAGUUUCAACUUGUAUAAUUUCAUAUCUGAGGAAAUUGGUGGUUGUCUCUCUCUUCUCCCAUGUACAGUGAUGUGAAUGUUGAGCAGGCCGUGGGUGAGGCCUGUAUCCGUCUGUCUAACCUCUCUCUUCACUACUUCCUCUCCCAUGUAGAGUGAUGUUAAUGAGGAGCGUGUAGCGCGGGCCGUGGGAGAGGCCUGUAUCCGUCUCCACCUGGCUGAAGAGCGGGUCUGUCGACAAAUCACGGAGCUGUUCAGAGAUGACUUCAUCAGGUAGGCUUGGGAUUGGUCCUGAUUCUCUGACAUCAUCCUCUUUUUCAUGAAUAAAUGUUUCAAAUCCAACAUUUUUCCUGAUCUAUCAUGAGUCUGCUGCAGCGCAUGGUAGGACAGUGACUGCAUACACAUCUGAAGAGAUUCUGUCCUCAGCAUUUAUUUAAUGAGGUGACGUGCUCGCUGCUCCUGGACUACAUGCCUUUUUGUUUUGAUGGAGAUGGGUAGAUUUAAGUAAUGGUUAUGUCCUUCAUCCUGUUUUCAGGGCCUUGCAGCAGUCUCUGUUGUGGCCGUCGGAGGCCUGUGCUGUGCUGGUGGGGAGGUCAUGCGGACGCUUCGAUAUCUAUGCCCCCUGGAACGUUACCCUACCCCAGAUCCCAAAACCCCCAGUCACCCCACCCACGCCCCCCAAGCCCGGAGCACCACAGAGCAGGGUCCUCUUCCUCACAGACAUACACUGGGAUCAGGUAAGUCAAUGUGGUAGCACAGUUUUUCAGGCCUCUCCUCAGGGAAGACGUUUCACCGUGGCUGUAGUCCUGAACUAGCUCACCUAAUUUCGCUAAUCAUUAAGUUGUUGACAAGUUCAAUUGGGUGUGCUCUGGAGUAGUGGGUAUCUAUUCACUUAGAUCAUUCCUUUUGAGAACGCAGUAGCUAUACAACGAUAUAUAACAUAUACAGAAAAGACAGGAAUGCCUAUAGGGGAGGUGAUGCCGUAUAUGUUCAGAGCCAUAUACCUGUGAAGCUUAUGUUAAGUGUUGUGGUUGCAAGUUCACCUGCCUCAUCUAAAUCAUCUUAUUUAGUGGUGCUGCUAUAGGCCAAGUGUUAACAGUCAGUAUUUGGAUAAUGGUUGCAAUGCUUGAUAGUGUGUGAUGUUAACAGAGGUCUAUUUCCUGGGUGACCUGAUUGGUUGGCAACUAGCUAUGAAGAGGAAGCUUCUGUGACUAAUGGCUGUAACAUGACCCAGGUUAUCACUCAACCAACUACAGUGCAUACCAAUAGUGUUGGAUCUGUGAUCAUAUCUUCACUAAUGCUCCAGAGUUUUGCUCCAAAGCAAUAUCAAUUCCCAUUGGCUGUAGUGACCAUAACAUUGUGGCAAUGACAAGGCCAAAGGUUGGGCCUAAAGUAAUUUAUAAAGGAUCAUACAAAAUGUUGUUUAACCUCUUAAAUGUAAAGUCCCUGUAUUUGGGGACCUUAUUUAGAUUUUUAAAAAAUUCAAUUCAGUCCGGUAUGAGAACGGUAGCCGCUAUCUGCAAAAGCAGAGUGUCUUGGCUAUUGAUCUGUGCCUUAAAAUCUUUGGUGUGACCUACUACCAUAUAUGGGGAUACGAAUGUAUAAGUGCAGGCUGAGCCGAUGACCUCAUUUCAAGAUGGCUGCUACCUACGUUCCGGUUAGCGUUGUGAAGCAUAAACUAAGUAAACAUGGAAUACGUCGAUACACACCAAAAGCCACACCAAGAUCCGUAAGUAAAUUAGUUUAAUGACUUUAUAUAGCUACUACUAUGUAUUUCAUUUUUUAUAAGUUAUCUGCUUUCUGUGCUUUGGAUUUAGUUUACGUAGGCCUAUGUAAUUUCAAUGUUAUAUAAUUCCGAAGUAGUUAUUGUCUAUGUUUUCAUAUUAGUUUGCUGUUCUAAGUUUCAUCCUUGUAACUUUGGAGAGGCCACUAAACUCUCAUGGCCAUUGUUUAUUUGUGGUUCUCACCUCUGCUUUUGUCACCAAAGUGUUACUGUUUGCAGUGUGUGUGUGCUUCACACCUAUGUGAGUCACUGUACAGAAAGUUUAGGUGUUUUUACUUCACAGUAAUGUCGUUUUGUAAAUUUAGUCAACUGUAAUUCUGUGUGUCUUACAACAAUAUAUCCCUUUAUUUUAUUCACCGCAGAGGAUUUGGACGUUUGAGAGCCACCCCUCCCCAGCAAGCGCCCCCGCCGGUCAAGGUCUUCACCCCCCCCACUGCUAUGUCAAUCACCAUGUCUGAUGGUUCUACAUCCACUUUUCAUAGACCUCUUGAAAAAUAAAAUAGGGGCUUGUGGCACCAUUCCUCCUAACAGAAUGGGUUUCUCCAAGACCAAGGGAAACCACAUGACCAAGACAGCGGAGAGCGGGACCAUACGUUGGAUCAGGAUGAACCAGCUGCUUUUUGUGAAAUGGAAGGGCACUAGGGAAGUAACCAUGCUCACCACACAGCAUAAGGCAUUCAAUAACGACCAUGUCUCAAGGAGGGUGAAAAGGGAAGAAUGUUUCUGUGAAGGACUACAAUGCCAGCGUGGGGGGUGUCGACCGAUCCACAAGACCAGGAAGUGGUAUAAGACUUUUUGUUACCACUAUCCGACACACCAAAAGACAAAAAGGAAGAAACUGCACAAAACACAGGGGGGGGGGAAGAAUGGGUGAAAUGCCAGUUUGCAUUAUGUUUCCUGGCAGAGAGGGCCUGCUUCAAAGACUAUCACAACAUGCACAAGCUACGGUGAAAGUGAAAAUCGAAUCAUCUACACCCUGGGAAGUAAAAUGAACACGAAUGCUAAUGUAAACAGUUCAUUUGUAUGUGGGAGCAAAACAUUGGAUAUGCCUAGGCUAAAUGUUCAGGCACUUUGGAGAGGUUGAAAAAAACACUUGGAUAUCCCCUGUAUGUCCCCCGACACCACCGCAAUGUUUGAGAGAGGUUGGUGUUGUAGAAAUUUAGUUUCUAUGGUGAACAUUCACUUUUAGGCACAGCCAGUGUGCAAAAAUUACCACAUUUGGACCCUUUUGGAGAGGUUGAAUGUACCCUGGAUACCCCAUAACACCACCACAAUGUUUGAGUGAGGUUGAUAUGGUAGAAAUUGUUUUUAUACUGAACAAGUAGCAUUCAGGGAUUGUGAAACUGUAAUUAUCUAAUUUACAGACAUAUGCCACUUUGGAGAGGUUUAGGGACACUUGGAAACGUCCCGUGACCACACCUGACAACACAUACUAAAACAUCUGCCCAUUUCUAGUUGUUAGGUCUAUCAAUCCCUUUUUAAUUUUUUUUUAUGAUAUUGUUCACAUGUUGUGGAAGCCUAUCUGAUGUGUUUCCAGCUCCGGGCCAUCAAUAAUUCACUUAUUACAGCUUGUCAAUGAAAGAUGACUUUCAAAAUAAAAUAAAGUUAUUUUGUGUGUGUGCUUGAUCUUGUGUAUUCUGAACUAUGUAACUCCUAUCUUCUGAUGAUAAUUUCACUCAUCUCUCAGAUGUCUUUCCAAAUAUACCAAGUCAGGAUCAUGUAGUUACACCUGAAUAGCUUUAAAUUACUUUUGAGUUUGUCUAUUUAGGUGGAAAUCUACAUUUUUCCGUUUACAUUUAAGAGGUUAAUCUAAGUAAGUGGCUAAAUUAAGGUGACAGGGCAUCCUAUUGCGCGCCGGGUAGUAGGCGAACUUGCCGUUUUGAACCAUUUCAUGAAGGUACAGACUUUGCCUUCCCAGAGAGCAAAUCAAGUGCACUAUAGGCCCACCGCUGGCCAAUCGGAUGGCUCAGAUGACCAUGUCUGCAGUAACGUAGCAGGCGUAAAAGAAAGCUACAGCGAAGUUGAUACUGUGAGAUUUCAAAACGUUUUAAAACCAUGACGAGACCGUCAACGAAUACAGCAAAGAGCUGCUGUUUUUGAGUGACUUUUAAGUUCUUACUCAGCACUGUCAACACUUUGUAUUCAACACUUUCAUAAGCCAUAAAAUGCGCGUUCUUCCUAUUUCCACUCAGCGCUACAACAAGUACUGCAGCAGUAAUGAAUGAGUAGGAAAGUGGAUCUAUAGGCUUGUGUUAUUAUUAGCGUCUUGGGUCUUUUUUUAAUAUCGAGGAAUAUUUCACAUUCUCUGUUCGUAGGAGAAACAACAUGAAUUUGUGCAUGAGGCAGAAGUAAUGCGGUGCGACUCGAGUUUCGCCAUCAGCUGGAAGACGGUGUCCCUUUUUGUGGUCAGUGUCAGUGGAGGAAAGGGAGAGUGGAGGGAUGCUGAGAGGCAGUGGAGGAAAGGGAGAGUGGAGGGCUGGUGAGAGGCGAAGGAAAGGGAGAGAGGAGGGAUGGUGAGAGGCGAAGGAAAGGGAGAGAGGAGGGAUGGUGAGAGGCGAAGGAAAGGGAGAGAGGAGGGCUGGUGAGAGGCGAAGGAAAGGGAGAGAGGAGGGCUGGUGAGAGGCGAAGAAAAGGGAGAGAGGAGGGCUGGUGAGAGGAAAGGGAGAGAGGAGGGCUGGUGAGAGGCAGUGGAGGAAAGGGAGAGAGGAGGGCUGCUGAGAGGCGAAGGAAAGGGAGAGAGGAGGGAUGGUGAGAGGCAGUGGAGGAAAGGGAGAGAGGAGGGCUGGUGAGAGGCAGUGGAGGAAAGGGAGAGAGGAGGGCUGGUGAGAGGCGAAGGAAAGGGAGAGAGGAGGGAUGGUGAGAGGCGAAGGAAAGGGAGAGAGGAGGGCUGGUGAGAGGUGAAGGAAAGGGAGAGAGGAGGGCUGGUGAGAGGCGAAGGAAAGGGAGAGCGGAGGGCUGGUGAGAGGCGAAGGAAAGGGAGAGCGGAGGGCUGGUGAGAGGCAGUGGAGGAAAGGGAGAGAGAGGGCUGGUGAGAGGCGAAGGAAAGGGAGAGAGGAGGGAUGGUGAGAGGCAUAGGAAAGGGAGAGAGGAGGAUGGUGAGAGGCGCGGAGGAAAGGGAGAGAGGAGAGGGCUGGUGAGAGGCAGUGGAGGAAAGGGAGAGAGGAGGCUGGUGAGAGGCGAAGGAAAGGGAAGAGGAGGAGGGACUGGGGGUGAGAGGCUGAAGGAAAGGGGAGAGGACGGAGGGCUGGUGAGAGGCGAAGGAAAGGGAGAGAGGAGGGCUGGUGAGAGGUCGAAGGAAAGGGAGAGAGGAGGGCUGGUGAGAGGCGAAGGAAAGGGAGAGAGGGGCUGGUGAGAGGUGAAGGAAAGGGAGAGAGGAGGGCUGGUGAGAGGCGUGAAGGAAAGGGGAGAGAGGAGGGCUGGUGAGAGGCAAGUGGAGGAAAGGGGAGAGGAGGGAGGGCUGGUGAGAGGCAGUGGAGGAAAGGGAGAGAGGAGGGCUGGUGAGAGGCGAAGGAAAGGGAGAGAGGAGGGCUGGUGAGAGGCGAGGAAAGGGAGAGAGGAGGGCUGGUGAGAGGCAGUGGAGGAAAGGGAGAGAGGAGGGGCUGGUGAGAAGGGAAGGAAAGGCGAGAGCAGGAAGGGCGGUGGUGAGGAGGCAGUGGAAAGGGAGAGGGGAGCGGGCUGGUGGAGGCGAAGGAAAGGGAGAGAGGAGGGCUGGUGAGAGGCAGAAGGAAAAGGGAGAGAGGAGGGCUGGUGAGAGGCAGUGGAGGAAAGGGAGAGAGGAGGGCUGGUGAGAGUGGAAGGAAAGGGAGAGCGGAGGGCUGGUUGAGAGGCAGUGGAGGAAAGGGAGAAGCGGAUGGCUGGUGAGAGGAGGGAAGGAAAGGGAGAGGAGGGCUGGGGGAGAGGCAGGAAGGAAAGGGAGAGAGGAGGGCUGGUGAGAGGCAAGGAAAGGGAGAGAGGAGGGCUGGUGAGAGGCAGUGGAGGAAAGGGAGAGGAGGGCUGGGUGAGAGGAGGAAGGAAAGGGAGAGAGGAGGGCUUGGUGAGAGGAGAAGGAAAGGGAGAGAGGAGGGCUGGUGAGAGGCAGUGGAGGAAAGGGAAGAGGCGGAAGGGCUGGUGAGAGGCGAAGGAAAGGGGAGAGAGGAGGGCUGGUGGAGAGGGAAGGAAAGGAGAGAGGAGGUGGUGAGAGGCAGAGGAAAGGGAGAGAGGAGGGAUGGUGAGAGGCAGAGAGGAAAGGGAAGGAGGGUGGUGAGCGGCGAAGGAAAGGGAGAGAGAUGGAGGGCUGGGAGAGGCAGUGGAGGAAAGGGUGAGAGGAUGGGGCUGGUGAGAGGCGAAGGAAAGGGAGAGAGGAUGGGGGAGGGGAAAUGGUGAGAGGAAGUGGAGUGGAGGAAAGGGAGAGAGGAGGGAUGGUGAGAGCGUGGAGGAAAGGGAGAGAGGAGGGAUGGUGAGAAGAAGGUUGGAGGAAAGGGAGAGAGGAGGGCAUGGUGAGAGGCGAAGGAAAAAGGGAGAGAGGAGGGCUGGUGAGAGGCGAAGGAAAGGGAGAGCGGAGGGCUGGUGAGAGGCGAAGGAAAGGGAGAGAGGAGGGCUGGUGAGAGGUGGAAGGAAAGGGAGAGAGGAGGGCUGGUGAGAGGCAGGAGGAAAGGGAGAGAGGAGGGCUGGUGAGAGGGUGAAGGAAAGGGAGAGCGGAGGGUGGUGAGAGGCAGUGAAGGGGAAAGGGAGAGAGGAGGGCUGGUGAGAGGCAGAGUGGAGGAAAGGGAAGGAGAGGGUGGGUGAGAGGAAGUGGAGGAAAAGGGAAGAGAGAGGAGGGGUGGGGAGGCAGAAGGAAAGGGAAGAGGAGGGCUGGUGAGAGCGAAGAAGGAGGAAAGGGAGAGGAGAGAGGAGGGCAUGGUGAGAGGCAGGGGAGGGAGGAAAGGGAGAGAGGAGGGAUGUGAGAGGCGAAGGAAAGGGAGAGGAGGGCUUUGGUGAGAGGCAGUGGGAGGAAAGGGAGAGCGGAGGGCUGGUGAGAGGCGAAGGAAAGGGAGAGAGGAGGGCUGGUGAGAGGCGAAGGAAAGGGAGAGAGGAAGGGCUGGUGAGAGGCAGUGGAGGAAAGGAGAGAGAGGGGCUGUGAGAGGCGAAGGAAAUGGAGAAAGGGAGGGCUUGAGAGGUGGAGGAAAGGGAGAGAGGAGGGCUGGUGAGAGGCAGAAGAAAGGGAGAGAGGAGGGCUGGUGAGGGAGGGAAGGAAAGGGGAGGGAGAGGACGUGGGCAUGGUGAGAGGAAGAUGAGGAAGAGGCAGAGAGGAGGGCUGGUGAGAGGCAGUGGAGGAAAGGGAGAGAGGAGGGCUGGUGAGAGGCGAAGGAAAGGGAGAGAGGAGGGCUGGUGAGAGGCGAAGGAAAGGGAGAGAGGAGGGCUGGUGAGAGGCAGUGGAGGAAAGGGAGAGAGGAGGGCUGGUGAGAGGCGAAGGAAAGGGAGAGAGGAGGGCUGGUGAGAGGCGAAGGAAAGGGAGAGAGGAGGGCUGGUGAGAGGCGAAGGAAAGGGAGAGAGGAGGGCUGGUGAGAGGCAGUGGAGGAAAGGGAGGAGGAGGGAGGGUGAGAGGCAGUGGAGGAAAGGGAGAGAGGAGGGCUGGUGAGAGGCGAAGGAAAGGGAGAGAGGAGGGCUGGUGAGAGGCAGUGGAGGAAAGGGAGAGAGGAGGGCUGGUGAGAGGCAGUGGAGGAAAGGGAGAGAGGAGGGCUGGUGAGAGGCGAAGGAAAGGGAGAGAGGAGGGCUGGUGAGAGGCAUGGAAGGAAAGGAGAGGGAGGGCUGGUGAGAGGCGAAGGAAAGGGAGAGAGGAGGGCUGGUGAGAGGCAUGAGGAAAGGGAGGAGGAGGGCUGGUGAGAGGCGAAGGAAAGGGAGAUGGGAGGAGGGCUGGUGAGAGGCGAAGGAAAGGAGAGAGGAGGGCUGGUGAGAGGCGAAGGAAAAGGGAGAGAGGAGGGCUGGUGAGAGGCGAAGAAAGGGGGAGAGGAGGGCUGGUGUGAGGAGCAUUGGAGGAAAAGGGAGAGCGGAGGGCUGGUGAGGAAGGCGAAGGAAAGGGAGAGAGGAUGGGCUGGGUUGAGGAAGGGCAGUAGGAGGAAAACGGGAGAUAGGAGGUAUGGGCUGUGAUAGGCAAGUGGAGGAAAGGGGGAGAGAGGAGGGCUGGUGAGAGGCUAAGGAAAGGGAGAGAGGAGGGCUGGGUGAGAGGACGAAGGAAAGGAAGAGAGGUAGGGCUGGUGAGAGGCGAAGGAAAUCGAGAAGAGGGAGGGCUGGUGGAGAGGCCAGUGGGGAGGAAAGCGAGCAGAGGCAGGGCUUGGUGAGAGGCAAGUGGAGGAAAAGGGGAAGAGAGGAGGGCUGGUGAGAGAGGCGAAGGAAAGGGGAGAGAGGAGGGCUGGUGAGAGGCGGAGGAGGAAGGAAGGCGAGAGGGAGGCUGGUGAGAGGCGAAGGAAAGGGAGAGCGGAGGGCUGGUGAGAGGCGAACCCCUUAGUCUGCUGCUCUCUCCCUCCACUGAGACGGACCAUCAGAUGGAGGCACCAUCAGCCCAGUAAAAUAUAAAGCUCAUUAUUUAAUUUAAAUAUAUAUAUUUUUUGAAAUGGCAGAAACAAUGCAUUGGCCGGGCAAUAGAAGCAAAGCCAAUAUGCAGUGAUCAUGUAUUGGACCUAUAGCCUACUGCACAAACCUCAUUGGUACAGUACUGUUUUUAAUUGGUUAAUGUUGCAUAGGCUUAUGUUUUUAAAUCCUGUUAAAAAAUAAUAAUCUGGGUAGAUCUCGGAUUUCGUUUUGACUCGGUGAUCUUGACUCCCCUGUUAACACUAUUUGUGAUCGAUUCAACGCAAUAAUGUUAUGGGAAUAAUGCAUUUUUAUUUUGAAGUAGUUUCUUGUAUCAAACAACACUUUCAGUCACCUUGUCUGAAGGACAAGUGGAUAAACAGGUUGUCACGCCCUGCAAUUUUUUUUUUUUUUUCAAAAGUCUCAUGGAAUGUAGGUCUACAUUGAACACCACACAUUGGCUGCUACUGUAGGCUGAAUGAUAGAACAGCUAUUUUCCAUGUUAAAAUGUUAUGGGAUGCAUUUUCUCCAUUGUUUUUGAAGGUAGGCCACUCUGGUAGGCCUACAUUAUGAUCAAAUAGCCACAGCAGCCUACUUGGCCACUGUUUAAAACUAACUUCAAGCGGGUACAGCCUCAGUGUUCGUAGUAAACGCGCGCUGGCAGUUGCACAGAACUUUCACAACGUUCAAGUUUGCGCUCAACAGACCUGAAAUUUGCUCCAUGCCGAAAAAAUGUAGGGAACAUUGGUGACCACCAUUUUGCCUCAUUCAGCGGGACACAUCUCCCUUCGCAUAGAUCCAUGUCGUCGUUCAGCCACGACUCAGUGAAACAACAUUAAGAUAUUACAGUUUUUAAUGUCCCGUUGGUCGGAUAGUCUUCAAACGGAGAUCAUCCAGUUUAUUAUCCAGUGAUUGUACGUUGGCCAAUGGGAUGUGCGGUGUCCCUCAGGGCUCUUCCUUGGGCUCUUACUCUUUAUUUGGACAAGAAGCUAGAAUGACUGAAUGCUGAUGUGGUCCUCUGUAGCUCAGCUGGUAGAGCACGGCGCUUGUAACGCCAAGGUAGUGGGUUCGAUCCCCGGGACCACCCAUACACAAAAAAAAUGUAUGCACGCAUGACUGUAAGUCGCUUUGGAUAAAAGCGUCUGCUAAAUGGCAUAUUAUUAUUAUUAUUAUUAUUAUUAUUACUGAUGAUUCACACUCUGCAUGUCAGCACCAAAAGCCAGUUGAGCUCACUGAAAUUCUAAAUAAGGAGUUAAACAGUAUUAGAAUGGGUGAUCAAAAAAUUAAUAAAAUAAACUGAUCUUUAAAUGCAUCUAAAACUAAAAGGGGGGGGGGGGGAUAACUUUAUAGGCAUUUCAUUAAGUUUAGCUUCAACUAACGCAAGAUGAUCGCUUCAAGCAUUGUGGCAAUCAUCAUUAAUGUUCUGUAAUGUCAUGACAACCCCAGGAAGAGUAGUUGCUGCUUUCGCAACAGCUAAUGGAGAUCCUAAUCAAAUAACAAAUAAAUAAAUAAAUCUAAUGUCCAUACUGGUGUUAUUUGUGAACAGGAGUAUGCGGUGGGCAGCUCUGCUGACUGUAAGGACCCGCUGUGUUGUCGUAACGAGUCUGGAUCUCCCAGCUGGCGUCGGAGAGGGGCUGGGUUCUGGGGCUCCUACAGUAAAUGUGACCUGCCCCUGAGAACUGUGGAGAACCUGUUGGAGAACGCAGCUAGAACCGGACCAUGGGACUGGGUCUACUGGACGGGAGAUAUACCCGCUCAUAACAUCUGGUCUCAAACCAGGAAUCAACAACUGUCUGAACUCUCCGUUAUCACCAGACUGAUACACAGGUACACAUGGGGAUACACAAUCUCACACACAGGUUGAACGGUAACUGACCACCUUAUUCUUCUUCUCUCUCUGUAGUCACCUAGGUAACGUGAAGGUGUACCCGGCGAUCGGUAACCAUGAGAGCACACCUGUCAACAGUUUCCCCCCGCCGUUCGUCCAUGGCAACCGGUCGUCAAGCUGGCUCUAUGACACCAUGGCCGAGGAGUGGGCGCCAUGGUUACCAGAACAGGCCCUGAAGACCCUUAGGUAUGAUGAUGAUUGACUGAAUAAUCUUCUAGCUCAGCAGCCAAAUGGGCCUACAGGGUUGGAUGGAGUAGGGUAGGAAGUUCCCCCUAGAUGCUGAUCCUGGGUCAGCUUUUCCCCCCACUAAAGCUGAUCCCAUAUCUGUAUCUAGCGGGAAACUGAUCCCAGAUGGGGGAGUAGCCAUCUGUAGUGGGGAGUAGUUCUGCUGAGGUGGCGGUUGUGUUCCCCUGCUCAGACAUUGCAUGCAUCAACCAAUGGUUAUGUGCCACGUCACAUUUUACGUCAUUUAGCAGACGCUCUUAUCCAGAGCGACUUACAGUUAGUGAGUGCAUACAUUAUUAUUAUUUUUAUUUAUUUUUUCAUACCCCCCGUGGGAAUCAAACCCACAACCCUGGCGUUGCAAACGCCAUGCUCUACCAACUGAGCUACAUCCCUGCCGGCCAUUCCCUCCCCUACCCUGGACGACGCUGGGCCAAUUGUGCACCGCCCCAUGGGUCUCCCGGUUGCGGCCGGCUACGACAGAGCCUGGAUUCGAACCAGGAUCUCUAGUGGCACAGCCUUAGACCACUGCGCCACUCGGGAGUUGACUCAAUGACUGCAUUUGGGCACCAGAUUGCAAGUAUCAUGAUGUGGUUAGCUGACAUGUUAAAACACCUAUCCAGGCGUUGUGAGAUCUGGCAUGCUUCAGCAACGCCUGGGCAGAGGAACACUACCUGUCUGGGCCAGCAACACAUGGGUCCAGUGCCGUCAACGUCAUUUUAAGGCAGCCCCUCCACACCUCUCUGAUUUUAGAGGGGUUGGGUUAACUGUGGAAGACAUUUUAGUUGAAUGUAUAUCAUUUAGUUGUGCAACUGACCAGGUAUCUCCUCCCCCCUCCCGACUGGAUCAGCUAAACAUACAGUGCAUUCGGACAGUUUCAGACCCCUUCCCGUUUUCCACGUUGUGUUACGUUACAGCCAUAUUCAAAAAUGGAUUAAAUCAAUAAAAAUUCUACACACAAUACCCCAUAAUGACGAAGCGAAAACAGGUUUGUAGAAAUGUUUGCACAUUUAUUCAAAAUAAAAAAACAAAUACCUUAUUUAAAUAAGUAUUCAGACCCUUUGCUAUGAGACUUGAAAUUGAGCUCCGGUGCAUCCUGUUUCCAUUGAUUUAUCCUUGAUGUUUCUACAACUUGAUUGGAGUCCACCUGUGGUAAAUUCAAUUGAUUGGACAUGAUUUGGAAAGGCACACACCUGUCUAUAUAAGGUCCCACAGUUGAGAGUGCAUAUCAGAGCAAAAACCAAGCCAUGAGGUCAAAGGAAUUGUCUGUAGAGCUCUGAGACAGGAUUGUGUCGAGGCACAGAUCUGGGGAAGGGUACCAAAAAAUGUCUGCAGCAUUGAAGGUCCCAAAGAACACAGUGGCCUCCAUCAUUCUUAAAUGGAAGAAGUUUGGAACCACCAAGACUCUUCCUAGAGUUGGCCGCCCAGCCAAACUGAGCAAUUGGGGGAGAAGGGCCUUGGUCAGGGAGGUGACCAAGAACCCGAUGGUCAAUCUGACAGAGCUCUAGAGUUCCUCUGUGGAGAUGGGAGAACCUUCCAGAAGGACAACGACCCUAAGCGCACAGCCAAGACAACGCAGGAGUGGCUUCGGGACAAGUCUCCGAAUGUCCUUGAAAAUGUGAAAACGCUCCCAUUACAACCUGACAGAGCUUGAGAGGAUCUGCAGAGAAGAAUGGGAGAACCUCUCCAAAUACAGGUGUGCCAAGCUUGUAGCGUCAUACCCAAGAAGACUCGAGGCUGUAAUCGCUGCCAAAGGUUAUUCAACAAAGUACUGAGUAAAGGGUCUGAAUACUUAUGUAAAUGUGAUAUUUCUGUUUUUUAUAAACCUGUUUUUGCUUUGUCAUUAUGAGGUAUUGUGUGUAGAUCGAUGGGUAAAAAAACAACAACAAUGUAAUCCGUUUUAGAAUAAGGCUGUAACAAAAUGUGGAAAAAGUAAAGGGGUCUGAAUACUUUCUGAAUCCACUGUAGGCCCAUCUGUGGUGGUGGAGGUUGGGCCAGGCACCAGAAAGGGUAUGGGUUAGUUGCUGGUCACAGACUCAGAGGAACUAGUUAAUGGAGUAGUUUACCCCUAAACAAGGCAAUAGUAAACAAUGUCGUCCCCCCACGAAUGAUGCAGCACACCCCCCUUGGGCCAAUUCGUGACAAUUUUAUAACAAAUUUGCAUUAAUUAAUAAGUGAAAACAUUCAACUUGAUGGGUCCCAAUAGAUUUCAGUUGGUUACUAUAGCGACCCCCUGGCCAUUCUGCUGGAUCUUAAUGACUCGUUAUUCAGCCAAGUUGUCAAUGAGAUCACGUGUGACUAACAUGCCUACUAACAAACGGACGGCGACCAUAGUCCCCGGACGGCGACCGAUUUCCCCUUGGGCGACCAUAGUCCCCCUCCAUUUCCCCUUGGGCGACCAUAGUCCCCCUCCCCUUUUUUUCCCCUUUGGGGACAAAAGGUUUUUAGAGAUGUUUACAUAACCGGGGCCCGGGGGCAUUUGGGUUUGUGUCAUUUCUCUGUGAUUGAGGCUUUUAUAUUUCUGCUAAUUUGUUUCCCUCGCUCUCCCUCACCCCUCUCCCUCACCCCUCUAUCCGCAUGGUGGGUUCUACACGGUAGAGGUCCAGCCAGGUCUUCGGUGUUCCCUGAACAUGAGUUUUGUGCCGGGGAAAAAUUUCUGGGUGAUGGUCACUCACUGCCCUCUACCACUCCGUGGCUGUCCCAUACUACAAAGGCGCGAGGGGAAAAGGGAGGGGGGGGGGGUUUUUAAGAACCACUCCAGUGGGGUGGCCCUUCCUAGCUACUGGGGGGGAGGGUUAUAAAGACCAGCCCCAGGUGGGGUGCCAAUAUACUGCGGCUUUCUGGGGAGGAAAGGUUUUAAUCCACUCCAGGUGCCUGGCCCAAAAACUGGCCGGGUACUUGGGAGGAGGAGGUUUUUGAUACCAGCUCCUUUUCUUUUCCCAAAAACUGCGGCUACUUUGGGGGAGGGGGUUUAGAUGACCACUCCAGGGGGGCUGGCCCCUAUCCCCGCGGGUCCUGGGGGAGGAGGAGGGUUUUAAAAAGGGAUGCCGCUCCCCGUGGCUGGCCAAAAUACGCGGGCUACUGGGAGGGGAGGGUUUUAAAACCCCCAGUGCUGGCCAAAUCGCACUACGGGAUGGGAGGAGGGGUUUUAAUUCCACUCCAGGUUUCUGGCCAAUAUACUCAGGCUACUUUAGAGGAGGGUUAAAGACCCUCCGGUGGGGUGGCCCUUCUGCAGGGGUACUGGGGGGAGGAGGAGGGUUAUAAUACCACUUUCCCGGUGGCUGCCAAUAUACUGCAGGCUACUGGGGAGGAGGGGGUUUUGAUGCCAGCUCCCGUGCUGGCCAAAAUACUCAGGGGUACUGGGGGGAGGGGGGUUUAAUGCCGCUCCAGUGGCUGGGCCAAUAAUGCGGCUCUGGGAGGAGGAGGGGUUUUAGUGACCGCCCGUGGCUGGGCAAAAUCUGAAGCUACUGGGGGGAGGGGAGGGGGAAUGACCAGCUCCAGGUGCUGGGGCCAAUAAUGCAGGAAAACUAGGAAAGGAAAUUCACUCAUGGGAGGCAUUACUGCGGGCUACUUGGGAGGAGAGGGGUUUUAGAUACCCUCCCUGGGGUCCAAUUAAAGCGGGGUACUGGAGGAGGGGGGUUAUGAUGACCAGCCCGGGGGCUGGCCAAAAUAAAAGCGGCUACUGGGGAGGAGGAGGGUUAAGAUACCAGCUCCGGUGGCUGGCCAAUACUGCAGGGCUACUGGAGGGGAGGAAAAGGGUUAUAUAACCGCUCCAGGGGGCUGGCAAAAUAUCGGCUACUGGGAGGAGGGGGGUUAUAGAGACCCCCCAGGGGGCGGCCCAAUAUACUUUUCAGGCUACUGGAGGGGGAGGGGUUUUAAUACCCCCAAAAAAGGGGGGCGGCCUAAUGCGGCUACUGGAGGAGGGGUUUAGAUGACCGCUCCGGUGCCGGGCCCAAAACCCCGCAGGGUACUGGGAGGAAGGGUUUAAUGACCAGCUCCAGGGCUGGCCAAACUGGGGGCUACUGGGAGAGGGUUAUAAUGACCACUCCAGGGGGCUGGCCAAAAUACUGCAGCUAUGGGAGGGGAGGUUUAGAUGCCCUCCAGGUGGGGCAAAAAUACUGCAGCACUGGGAGGAGAGGGGUUUUAAAAUCCAGCUCCAGUGGGCUGGCCCAAAAUAUGCGCUCGGGAGGAGGAGGGGUUUUGAUGACCAGCUCCCCCCCCUGGCUGGCCAAUAUCUGCGGCUAAGGGAGGGGGAGGGUUAAAGAUGACCCCCCUCCAUGGCGGCCAAAUAAAUGCAGGCCCACACUCUGGGGGGGGAGGGUUAUAGAUGCCAGCUCCGUGCUGCAAUUACUGCAGGCUAUUGAAAAAAACCGCUCCACUGGCCAAUAUACUGCAGGCUACUGGGAGGAGGAGGAGGGUUAUAGAUACCGCCCAGGGGGCUGGCCCAAAAUCGGGGGCACUGGGAGGGAGGAGGGUUAUAGAUGACCAGCUCCAGGUGGCGGGCCAAUAUACUGCAGGCUACUGGGAGGAAGGGGGUUUUUGAGCCCACUCCAGGUGGCUGGCCAAAAUACGCACUACUGGGAAAAGAGAGGGGCAAAGCCCCAAACCCCACGGGGGUGGGGAAAAUUUGGUAAUUUAAAGUUAGGUCCUUUCAAUCUAAUUUUAUUUAAAUGCCCAAGAAAAAUAUGGGGGGGGGGAAACCCCCCCCCCCCCCCCCCCCCCCCCCCCCUUUUUUUUUUUUUUUUUUAGGGGGGGGGGGUUUUUUUUUUUUUUUUUGGGGGUUUGGGGUUUGGGGUUUUGUUUUUUUUUGUUGGUGUUUGUUUGGGGGUUUGGGGGGGGGCCUUUUUUUUUUUUUUUGUUUUUUUCCCCCUUGGGUUUUUUUUUCUUGUUUUGGGGGUCUUUGCUUUGCUGGCUGUUUCCCCCCGUUCUUCCCCCCCCCCCCCCCCGUCUGUCUUCCUCCCCCCCUUUCCCGUUUUCCGGUCCUCUCCCCCUCCUGUCUGUCGUCCCCCCCCCCCCUCCCGUCUGUCGUCCCCUCUCCCCCCCCGUCUGUCUGUCUGUCCCUCCCCCCCCUUCCCCGUCCCUGUCUGGUUUCCCCCUCCCCCCCCUGUCUGUCCCGUUCCCCCUCCCCCCCCUGCUGUCCCCCUCUCCCCCCCCCCUGUCCCGUCCCCUCUCCCCCUCCUGUCCCGUCCCCUUUUUCCCCCCCCCCUCCCCCUCUCCCCCCCCUUGUCUGUCCCCCCCCCUCCUGUCCUGUUUUCCCCCCGUCUGUCCCCCCCCUCCUGUCUGUCUGUUCCCUUCCUCCCCCUUUCCCCCUCCCCCUUCCCGUCCGUCUGUCCCUCCCCCCCCUCCUGUCUGUCCCGUUUCCCCCCCCCCCCCCUUUCCCGUCUUCUGUCCCCCCUCCCCUCCUGUCUGUCUGUCCCUCUCCCCCCCCCUUGUCUGUCCCGUCCCUCUCCCCCCUCCUGUCUGUCGGUCCCCUCUCCCCCCCCCCUGUCCCUUUUUGUUCCCUCUCCUCCCCCCCCCUGUCCCGUCCCCGUUUCCCCCUCCCCCCCUUUUUUCCCGUCUGUCCCUCCCCCCCCCCUGUCCCGUCGUCCCUCUCCCCCCCUUCCCGUCCGUCCCCCUCCCCCUCCUGUCCUUUCCCCCCCCCCCCCCCUGUCUGUUUCCCCCUCCCCCUCCCUGUCUUGUCCCCCCUCCUGGGCUGUCCCCUUUCCCCCCCCUUCCCGUCUGUCCCGUCCCUCUCCCCCCCUGUCUGUCUGUCCCCCCCUCCCCCCCCCUCCUGUCUUUCUGUCCCCUUUUCCCCCUCCUUCUGGGCCCGUCCCCCUCCCCCUCCUGUCGGGCCGUCCCCCUCCCCCCCCUGUCUGUUGUCCCUCUCCCCCUCCUGUCUGUCUGUCCCUCUUCCCCUCCUGUCCCCGUCUGUCCCUCUCCCCCCCCUGUCUGUCUGUCCCUCUCCCCCUCCUGUCUUUGUCUGUCCCUCUCCCCCUCCCGUCUGUCUGUUUCCCCUCUCCCCCUCCCGUCUUUUCCCUCUCCCCCUCCUGUCUGUCUGUCCCUCUCCCCCUCCUGUCUGUCCCUCUUCCCCUCCUGUCCCGUCCCUCUCCCCCUCCUGUCUGUCCCCCCUCCUCUGUCUGUCUGUCCCCCCUCCUGUCUGUCUGUCCCCCAUCCUGUCUGUCCCUCUCCCCCCCUGUCUGUCCCUCUCCCCCUCCUGUCUGUAUGUCCCCCUCCUGUCUGUCCCUCUCCCCCUCCUGUCUGUCCCUCUCCCCCUCCUGUCUGUCCCUCUCCCCCUCCUGUCUGUCCCUCUCCCCCUCCUGUCUGUCCUGUCCCUCUCCCCCUCCUGUCUGUCUGUCCCUCUCCCCCUCCUGUCUGUCUGUCCCUCUCCCCCUCCUGUCUUUCUGUCCCUCUCCCCCUCCUGUCUUUCUGUCCCUCUCCCCUCCUGUCUUUCUGUCCCUCUCCCCCUCCUGUCUUUCUGUCCCUCUCCCCCUCCUGUCUGUCUGUCCCUCUCCCCCUCCGUCUGUCUGUCCCUCUCCCCUCCUUUUUCUUUCUGUUCCCUCUCCCCCUCCUGUUUUCUGUCCCUCUUUCCCCCCCCUGUCUUCUGUCCCCCCCUCCUGUCUGUUUUGUCCCCCCCUCCUGUCUGUCUGUCCCCCCUCCUGUCUGUCGGGCCCUCUCCCCCCCCUGUCUGUCUGUCCCCCUCCCCUCCUGUCUUUUGUUCCCUCUCCCCCCCCUGUCUGUCUGUCCCUCUCCCCCCCUCCUGUCUGUCUGUCCCUCUCCCCCCCCCUGUCUGUUUCCCCUCCCCCUCCUGUCUGUCCCUCUCCCCCUCCUGUCUGUCUGUCCCCCUCCCCCUCCUGUCGUCGUCCCUCUCCCCCUCCUGUCUGUCCUCUCCCCCUCCUGUCUGUCCCUUUUCCCCCCCCGUCUGUCCCUCCCCCUCCGUCUGUCCCGUCCCUCUCCCCCUCCUGUCUGUCUGGUCCCCCCUCCUGUCUGUCUGUCUGUCUCAGGUCCACAUCAUUGGUCACAUCCCCCCUGGUCUCUGUUUGAGCAGCUGGAGUUGGAACUACUACCACAUCAUCAACCGGUAGGAAGGGCUAGUGUCUACUGGUCAUGUAAAAUGAUAACUACUACCACAUCAUCAACCGGUAGGAAGGGCUAGUGUCUACGUGGUCAUGUAACUGAUAACUACUACCACAUCAUCAACCGGUGGAAGGGCUAGUGUCUGCGUGGUCAUGUAACUGAUAACUAUACCACAAACAUCAACCGGUAGGAAGGGCUAGUGUCUGCGUGGGGCAUGUAACUGAUAACUACUACCACUCAUCAACCGGUAGGAAGGGCUAGUGUCUACGUUUGGGCAUGUAACUGAUAACUACUCCACAUUCUCAACCGGUAGGAAGGGCUAGUGUCUGCGUGGGGCUGAAACUGAUAACUACCAACCACAUCAUCAACCGGUAGGGAAGGGGCUAUUUUCUGCGUGGUCAUGUAACUGUAACUACUCCACAUCAUCAACCGGUAGGAAGGGUAGUGGGCUACGUGGUCAUUUUACUGAUAACUACUACCACAUCAUCAACCGGUAGGAAGGGCUAGUGUCUGCGUUGGUCAUGUAACUGAUAACUACUACCACAUCAUCAACCGGUAGGAAGGGCUUUGUGUCUGCGUGGUCAUGGGAACUGAUAAAUAACUACUUACACAUCAUCAACCGGUAGGAAGGGCUAGUGUCCCGCGUGGUCAAUGUAAAUGAUAACUACUACCACAUCAUCAACCGGUAGGAAGGGUAGUGUCUGCGUGGUCAUGUAACUGAUAAACUACUACCACAUUAUCAACCGGUAGGAAGGGCUAGUGUCUGCGUGGUCUGUAACUGAUAACUACUACCAAAAUCCAUAACCGGUAGGAAAGGGCUAGUGUCGCGUGGUCAUGUAACUGAUAACACUACCACACUCAUCAACCGGUAAGAAGGGGUAGUGUCUGCGUUGGGGCAAUGUAACUAAAACUACACCACAUCAUCAACCGGUAGGAAGGGCUAGUGUCCUGCGUGGUCAUGUAACUGAAAAACUACUACACCAUCAUCAACCGGUAGGAAGGGCUAGUGUCUACGUGGUCAUGUAAAAUGAUAAAUACUACCACAUCAUCAACCGGUAGGAAGGGCUAGUGUCUACUGGGUCAUGUAACUGAUAACUACUACCACAUCAUCAACCGGUAGGAAGGGCUAGUGUCUGCGUGGUCAUGUAACUGAUAACUACUACCACAUCAUCAACCGGUAGGAAGGGCUAGUGUCUGCGUGGUCAUGUAACUGAUAACUACUACCACAUCAUCAACCGGUAGGAAGGGCUAGUGUCUACGUGGUCAUGUAACUGAUAACUACUACCACAUCAUCAACCGGUAGGAAGGGCUAGUGUCUACUGGUCAUGAAAACGAUAAACUACUACACAUCAUAAAACCGGUAGGAAGGGCUAGUGUCUACGUGGUCAUGUAACUAUAACUACUACCAUACAUCAACCGGUGGGAAAGGGCUAUGUUUUACGUGGUAUGUACUGAUAACUACUACCACAUAUCAACCGGUAGGAAGGGCUAUGUCUACGGGUAUGUUCUGAUAACUACUACCACAUCAAACGGUAAGGAAGGGGUGUGUUACGUGGUCAUGUAACUGAUAAUACUACAACAUCAUAACCGGAGGGAAGGGUAGUGUUACGUGGUCAUGAACUGAUAACUACUCCACAUCAUAAACCGGUAGGAAGGGCUAGUGUCUAGUGGUCAAGUAACUAACUCUACCAAUCUUUCAACGGGGGGGGAAGGGCUAGUGUCUACGUGGUCAUAUAACAGUCCUCUUUUCCUUGGUAGCCACUACAUGAUCCCAGACUGGAACAAUCUACUGUCACUUCAAUAUAUACUGAACACAAAUAUAAACGCAACAUGCAACAAUUUCAACGGUUUUACUCUCAGUUCAUAUAAUGAAAUCAGUCAAUUUAAAUACAUUCAUUAGGCCCUAAUCUAUGGAUUUCACAUGUCUGGGCAGGGGCCCAGCCAUGGGUGGGCCUGGGAGGGCGUAGGCCCACCCAAUGGGGAGCCAGGCCCAGCCAAUCAGAAUGAGUGUUUCCCCACAAAAGGGCUUUAUUACAGACAGAAAUACUCCUCAGUUUCAUCAGCUGUCCGGGUGGCCGGUCUCAGACGAUCCCGCAGGUGAAGAAGCUGGAUGUGGAGGUCCUGGGCUGGCGUGGUUACACGUGGUCUGCGGUUGUGAGGCCGGUUGGACGUACUGCCAAAUUCUCAAACUACGUUGGAGGCGGCUUAUGGUAGAGAAAUGAACAUUACAUUCUCUGGCAACAGGUCUGGUGGACAUUCCUGCAGUCAGCAGUUGCACGCUCCCUCAACUUUAGAAGUCUGUGGCAUUGUGUUGUGACAAAACUGCACAUUUUAGAGUGGCCUUUUAUUGUCCCCAGCACAAGGUGCACUUGUGUAAUGAUCACGCUGUUUAAUCAGCUUCUUGAUAUGCCACACCUGUCAGGUGGAUGGAUUAUCUUGGCAAAGGAAAAAUGCUCACUAACAGGGAUGUAAACAAAUUUGUGCACAACAUUUGAGAGAAAUUAUAUUUUUGUGCGUAUGGAAAAUUUGAUAUUUUUAUUUCGGCUCAUGAAACAUGGGGCCAACACUUUACAUGUUGUGUUUUGUAUUUUUGUUCAGUGUAUAUAACCCCAGACUGGAACCAAUCAGUCAGUUAAUUUUUUUAUAUCGUCAUGUGGACUCCAGACGACAUUCAGUUCUCUCUCACUGGUUCUCACACCUCUCCUCAGGGACCCCCUUCCAUGUGUUCGAUCUAUUCCAGAGCUAACGCACCUGGUUCAACUUGUCAAUUAAUCAUCAAGCCCUUGAGUUGAUUAAUCAGGUGAGCUACAACAAAAUAGUGGUCUUCCCUGAGGAGAGGUUUAAGAACUAGUUCUCUCUGACUGAUGUAAGUUCAGGAUCGGAUCAGAAUUGUUCUACUGUGGGAGAUUUAAUAUGUGUAUCCGUCCGUGUCCAGGUAUGAGGGUACAAUCACGGGUCAGUUCUUUGGCCACACCCACAUGGAUGAGUUCCAGAUGUUUUAUGACGAGGAGACGAUGACGAGGGCUGUGGGCGUGGCCUUCGUCGCUCCCUCCGUCACCACCUAUGUCAACCUCAACCCAGGUACACACACACAAACCUCAACCCAGGCACACAAACCUCAACCCAGGCACACAAACCUCAACCCAGGCACACAAACCUCAACCCAGGCACACAAACCUCAACCCAGGCACACAAACCUCAACCCAGGCACACAAACCUCAACCCAGGCACACAAACCUCAACCCAGGCACACAAACCUCUUUCCAGGCACACAAACCUCUUUCCAGGCACACAAACCUCUUUCCAGGCACACAAACCUCUUUCCAGGCACACAAACCUCAACCCAGGCACACAAACCUCAACCCAGGCACACAAACCUCAACCCAGGUCAGAUACUUUUACAGUUAUCACUCGUGCACAUAGACGUGCGCGUACAACCUCAAACCCCAUGUCAGACAGACUCUAUACCCACCGAUUGCCUAUCCCAGACCCCUGUCCUAAUCUCACCUCUGUUAUAACACCCCACCCCCCCUAAAUCAGAAUGUAUGGUCUCUUCUACUCUGUCAGAGGACAAGACCUCAUGAAACUGUUGUAUAGUCAUGUUCUAGAAACAUUUCAAACAUUUUCCGUACAACUUCUCUAAAUGUUGUUUCUGGUUGCCAGGUUACCGGGUCUACCUGGUUGACGGUAACUACAAGGGCAGUUCUCGGUUCGUUCUGGACCAUGAGACGUACAUCCUAAACCUUACAGAGGCUAACCGACAGCCUGAAGGAGUCUCCUCCCUGCUCCCCACCACCUCACAACUCCCCCUCUACCCCAACCCUGACCCCAACCCCAAAUGGACCCUCCUCUACCGCGCGUCGGAAGCCUACGGCGUCUCCUCCCUGUUCCCGUCGGACUGGGACGGGCUGAUCCGGACCUUCCUCCAGGACGACCGUGUGUUCCAGCGGUUCUGGUACCUCAGACAUAAAGGCCACGUGUCAGAGCCCUGUAAAGAAGCCUGUAAAACCACCGUCCUCUGUUUCCUACGUUCAGGCAGAUAUGAUGAGCUGGAGCAGUGUGAUCUGAUGCAGUUCAGGAGAGAUAUGGUUAGAGCUGUUAGGAAGACACUGUGUUGAACUGGGUUAGGGCGGG